UUUUUUCUUUCAAGCACGCGGGUGAUCAUCUCUUCAUUCUAAAAAUAAUAACGCUCAGAGAUGCAAAAUUAAGGCUGUUAUCUAAGAAAAUUAAGAAAUAUUUUUUAAAUUUCUCCAAGGAGGAUUAUUGUUUAAAUAAAAGUGAAAGGAAUCGUUUGAAAUUUGACGUUGUGGGAUUCGAACUUGGCAAUCAGUUGCAUUUAUUAAGACAUUUAGAAACAAUCCAGUCACUUUUUGGGAAUCAAUACGAGUAAAUUCACAUCAAAAUGGCAAAAUCAAAUGAACCAAAAAAUUUUACUACCGUCAAUAAGCUCUGCUGCUGCCUUAGCUUAAAAACUGGAAUGACAAUUGUCGGAUGGAUUAAGUUUGUACUUUCUGCCCUUGCUGUUGCUGUUGGAUUUGCUCAAAUUAUUGCUUAUCUUAUUGAUGAAAGUUUAGACUACCUUAACAUCAAUGUUCCAGAUUUAGGAAUCAUUACUUUCUCAGUUCUAAUCAUAGUAUUUAAUGCUUUGAAUGCAUAUGUAUUCUAUAUCUUCAUCCAGGGAAUCAAGCUUGAAAUCGAUUCGAAAAUCCUUCCAUAUUUGAUUCUUAAUGGAGUUUACAUCUUCUUCGUCCUCUUCGCUACCGUUGCAGCGAUGAAUGUUUACAUGCUAAUUGGAUUACUGAUCUACAUAUACAUUUACAUUUGUGCAUUUAACCUAUACUCAAUCUUUUCAAGUAUAUCAACUGAAUAUAAUGUUGUUUAAAGUCAAAAUUAUCGUCUAAAAGACACCUCAAGUGAAUCUAGCCAAUUUAAUUGUCAAUUUUUAUUGGAUAUGCUCUAAAAUAAACAUUAUGCUGUAUAAAAUUUAAAUAAAAUGAUGA